AUGAGUAUCCGUGUCUUCCUUGGACUUUCUGUUUUGCUUAUUGCCUGCCACCUCACUGGUGCAACUAUCUUUGACACACUGAAUUUAAGCUGCAAAUGUGCCAGAGUCACGAGCAUCUUCAUUCGUCCCGCAAAAUAUGCAAGAGUUGAGCUCUUUCCACCUGGAGUUGCCUGCAGAAACAUGGAAAUCAUAAUCACACUGAAGAACAAGCACAAAGUCUGCGUUGAUCCCAAAGCCAAAUGGGUGAACAAUUUAUUGAACAUGAUGGAAAAUGUGAAUGGACGCCAACGUUCCUCUUGAAAUGAAGUUUGAAGGGUCCUUGAAAAUCCAAGGCACCUGUGCCCCAUCAAUCCCAAAAUAUGAAGCUUCUUGCUUUUCUGCUGUGUGAUGCUGAUUGUGUCUAAUUCGUCCUGAAAUGAUUGUUAAAAAGUGUUUGGACUUUUGGAAAUCUGGAAGCAAUGUGAACAUGCAAGAUGGAAUCUGAAUAUGAGUUGUGCAUGAGAAUGACAAAGUUUGUAUUUCUGUGUGAGUUACAUCAAUAAAAAAAAAAAUUGUGGU